CGGUAUAAAAACGUUUGUGGCAACUGCAGCCAAGUCAAAGCACUUUUGACGAGCCUCCCAACGCAGUACCAGCUAUCAAAUCGCGAAUCCGAAGUCAUGACGCUCACCCACGCCUCCUUCGCAGCCCUCGUCUUGGCCCUCUGCUGCCUCAGUUUCAUUCAGGCCCAGCCUCAACGCGGAAUUCCCCCACCCCGCGGAAACUCCUUCGACGCGAACGCGGUGAUCCUCAAGCAGAACUUCGACCAGAAUCCCGAUGGCUCCUAUCAAUACAACUACGAGACGAGCAACGGAAUCCGAGCGGAUGAGGCUGGCUAUCUGAAGAACCCGGGCAGUCAGAUCGAGGCUCAGGUGAUGCAGGGCUCCUACUCGUACACCGGACCCGAUGGCGUGGUCUACACCAUCACCUACAUUGCUGAUGAGAACGGAUACCGCGCCGAAGGUGCCCACAUACCCACUCCGCCUCCAGUUCGCGCCGCCGCCGCUCCCGGAAGAUUCUUCAAAUAAUCCGCUCCGUGGUAGAAUCGUGUUUUAAUUCUUCAUCGUCAUGCUCAAGUUGGCAAUCAUUUCGUUGGGGGCCAGUGCCGAACUGGCCGAAAGUGAACCAGAAACAGACAGAGAGGGAGCAGCUGCUCGUUGGAGGUCAUCAUCCCACCCAGAAUCAUUUCCAUUUUAUAUCCCGCCCCUGACAAAUCUCACUCCCUUCGUGCUUCAUCUGUGCAUUUCUACAGCCAAUUCGCAUUCUACAUUCUACUUAGUGCUUAACGAACUUCGUGUGAGAUUAACAUUUGUAAAUUACGUAAGAUCGAUUGUUAAAUGUCGUACGGCAACGCAUGCUCAGCAAUAAAACAAAAAUUGCACAAAAAUCAA